AUGAGCAUCAGCACCGAUCAGGAGACGGCGCCCAUAGCGUCGCCGCGUAACGGCAGCGCAGCGAAUGUGUUUCGCAGCUUUGGCUCCCUUUUUGGAGCGGGAGGAGGAGCGGACAAUGGACGUCCCAUAACGCCGCAGUCUAGCGAUGGAUAUGUGGAGUUUGGCAUGCAGGAUCCUGAACGCAAUGGACGCACCUUGGGCACCUUUGCUGGCGUCUUCAGUCCCGUUGCUUUAUCCAUGUUCAGCGCCUUGGUUUUCAUUCGUGUCGGUUAUAUUGUGGGCAAUGCGGGCUUAUAUAUAACGUUGCUGCAGUUCCUCAUCGCUUAUGCAAUUCUGCUAUUUACGGUCGCCUCUGUUUGCGCCAUUUCCACCAACGGCGCUGUGGAAGGCGGGGGCGUCUACUUUAUGAUAAGUCGCACUCUGGGAUUGGAAUUUGGUGGCUCCAUUGGCACACUCUUCUUCUUUGCGAAUGUUGUGGGCUGUGCCAUGGCCAUUUCCGGCUGCACUGAGGGCAUCCUAAAUAACUUUGGAGAGAACGGCUAUUUCGUAAAAGGCAGCAAUUUGUCUCUUCCCGAUGGCGACUGGUAUCGUUUCCUAUACAGCAGCCUCAUCAAUACGAGCAUGUUGCUGGUCUGCCUUGUGGGAGCCGCUCUCUUUGCCAAGACAUCAGUGCUUAUUUUGGGAACUGUGACCGUUUGCCUAUUCGCAACCUAUAUCAGUUUUCUGGCCGUUGGCGCCACCAAUGACACAAUUCCCGUGCCCUCAAAAAACGAGUUGUUGCCGAAUGACACGAAAUUUUUACCGUAUACGGGACUCAGUUCCAAAACAUUGAGUGAUAAUUUAGGAUCGAAUUAUACCCGCGAUUAUACAUCGGGUGGCAGCGAUGUGGACUUUGCGACAACUUUUGGUGUGCUCUUCUCGGGCGUUACGGGAAUUAUGGCUGGUGCGAAUAUGUCUGGGGAAUUAAAGAAUCCCUCGAAGAGCAUUCCAUGGGGCACAUUGUCCGCCGUGUGUUUCACAUUUGUCUCGUACAUCAUACUCUCCUUCCUGAUGAGCUGCACCACACCAAGUGUGACAAUGCAGAAUAAUUAUCUGUUCCUGAUGCCCGUCAAUCUUUGGCCACCAUUUACCGCCGUUGGCAUCAUGACUGCUACCUUUUCCACGGCUCUCAGCAAUCUCAUUGGCUCCAGUCGCAUUCUGGAGGCCCUCAGCAAGGAUCAGGUCUUUGGACCGCUGUUGAACUUUGUGCUUCGUGGCACUUGGAAAGGAAAUCCAAUUUGUGCUGUAUUUGUCAGUUGGGUUUUGGUUGAAUGUGUGCUAUUGAUUGGAUCAUUCAAUAUCAUCGCCCAAAUCAACUCGGUGCUGUUUAUGCUUUCCUAUUUGGCCACAAAUCUGGCUUGUCUGGGCAUUGAGCUGACAGGUGCUCCCAAUUUCCGACCGCUCUUCAAAUACUUCAGCUGGCACACGUGUCUAGUUGGUCUUCUUGGCACGCUGAUCAUGAUGUUUGUCAUCAAUCCAAUUUAUGCCUCCUCUUGCAUUAUACUCUGCCUGAUCUUGGUCAUCGCGCUGCAUCUCUUUUCACCAGCCACCCAGGCGGCACAAUGGGGUUCCAUUUCACAGGCGCUGAUGUUCCAUCAGGUUCGCAAAUAUUUACUCAUGCUGGAUCCACGCAAGGACCAUGUCAAAUUCUGGCGUCCACAAAUUCUGCUUUUGGUUUCCUCGCCACGUUCCUGCUGUCCUCUUGUGGACUUUGUCAAUGAUCUCAAGAAGAGUGGUCUCUAUAUCAUUGGUCAUGUCAAGUUGGGUGACUUCAAGGGCGUCGAGGACUCCGUUGAAAAUCAGCAGUGGUGGGCAUUCCUGGAUCAUAUGCGCGUAAAAGCUUUCACAGAGGUCACAAUCAGUCGCAGCAUACGCGAAGGUGUGCAGCAUUUGAUACGCCUUUCUGGCAUUGGCGCCAUGAAACCAAACACAAUUAUACUGGGAUUCUAUGACAACGAAGCGCCUAAGGAUUUCUUUCAAAAUGGUUCCUCUCCAUAUAAAACUGAUGACUUUAAUGAGGGUGAUAUACAAAACUUUCCCAUACGUCGUGAUGGUCAACCCAAGCAUUUUGAGGUGCAGGAAUAUGUGGAAAUCCUGUGUGAUACACUGCGCAUGAAGAAGAAUUUGUGUCUGUGCCGCAACUUCCAGCGUCUGGACAAGAACUUUAUUGCCGUAAGCAAACAUGUAAAAUACAUAGAUGUUUGGCCCAUCAACGUGUUUAAUCCCACAAGUGGCGAUCCUUUUGACGUGGUAUCUCUCUUCAUGAUGCAAUUGGCAGUUAUAAUGUUGGCCAAGUGGAAGCAUUUGCGUGUGCGCAUCUUUCUAUGCGAGACAAACGAAGAACGCACCAUAGGCACCUUUGAAACACAAGCUCCACAAAUGGAUGUUUUCCCUAAAAUGAAGCUGGAGCAGUCUCUUAAGGAGCUGCGCAUUACUGCAGACAUUAUAGAGAUACAGGAAUGGAGUAGAGAUACGGAAUUUACGCGACAUGCACGCAUUCUUAAACAAUUUACGGGUCAAGCGGAUGAAGCCUUGCUGGAUGAUGGCGAUGAGAUCGCCGAGGAUAAGUUCAAUCGUUCGCUGUUGUACAUGCAGCGUGUAAAUCAAAUAAUACGCGAUCGUUCCGAUCAGACUGCUUUAUCAUUUAUAUAUUUGGCUGCGCCGCCAAUCACAACUCUACCGGAUUUCAAUGAUCGCAGCGCCAGCUACGUAGAGUUGCUUUCCGAGCUGACAGCUGAGCUCCCCCCAACGAUUCUGGUGCAUGGCGUCAGCACAGUGACCUCGACAACGCUUUAAGCGUAAUGAGAUUGCAACGGGCGACAGUGAUAGCAAAUGUAAUACAUACACACACAUGUUCAACUGAGGGUUAAGAAAUUACCCCAUGAAACCAAAUUUAACUAGAUGUCUCUCCCACUGUUUAAUCACUAUUUGUAUGAGUAUAUCAUUUAUAAUACGUACUUUGUGUUUUGUGUGUGUAUAAGCUACAAGCUGUAGAAAUUUUUAUCAUCAUUUUAUACUGUUAAAAACAUUAUAACAACAAUCACGACUACGACUCUCUCUCUCUCUCUCUCUAAUAUCAUCAAUAAUUUGUACCAAUUAUCAUAUCAACGUUAAUUAACAACUAAUUUAAUAUUUAACACCAGGCGGCCCAUUUAAGUAUGAAUAUAAGAGUAAACAAUAUAAAUACAUAUAUUUAUCAUUUUGUGCUCACAUCAAUAUUUGAGUAAUUGUGAUCUGCGAGCAAACAAGUAUUAGAUAAAUCAGUUGAUAGCAACAUUCAUUUAGUUUUUAAAACCCACAGUUUAAUGUUUUAAAUAAUAUUAUGAUAAAUAUUGUUUAAUUUACUGUGAAUACGAUUAUUUAUACUAAUACAAGUUCUUUCCAAUAAUAAUAUCAUAAAUGAACAAUUGAGAUAUGCCUUAAUGUA